AAUCAUCCCGAUGUCGCAAGCAAAUUGGCUACUUGUCCCUUCAAUGCUCGCCACCAGGUUCCUCGGGCUGAAAUCAGUCAUCAUAUCUCAAGCUGUGAUGACAAGAGUUGUAUUGAGCAGGAUGUGGUCAACCAAACCAGGAACCUUGGACAGGAGACUCUGACUGAGAGCACAUGGCAAUGCCCUCCUUGCGAUGAAGACUGGGAUAAAGAUUUAUGGGAACAAACUAGCACCCCAUUUGUCUGGGGCACAGCCAACUUCUGUGGCAACAACAGUUCUGCAAGCAACAUAGUUAUGGAACAUAAGAGUAACCUGGCUUCAGGCAUGCGAGUUCCCAAGUCUCUGCCAUAUGUUCUGCCAUGGAAAAACAAUGGAAAUGCACAGUAACUGAACAUCUUUCUCAAAUGCCAGAUCCUAGAAGACUCUUGCUUACUCCUGAUACCCAAGGGUUCUUCGUUUUUUCUCCUUAUCUCAUUAUAGAAGAGUAAACUGUGUGACUUUCAAA